CCCAUUCGACUAAAUCCUCACCGUGAUUCGGUCUCUCUUGCUUCUGCACAAUGGCUUUGUGACGAAGCACAUCGAGUAGAGUUCGAUAUUACUAAAUAUACCAGCGUGCGGGCAGGUGGAUUCGCUUCAGCUUGCCACCCUGAUGCAGAUGCUUUCCAUCUUAAAGUCUGCUCGGACUUCCUGAACUGGUCGUUCAAAUUAGACCUGGCUCGAGAUCAAUAGGUUCGAUGUUAAUGAUGCGUGGGGAGUACGCGAUUGUUGUAUGGCUGUGUUCUGCGAUCCCAUCAACUUCCAAACGGAAAGAUACAGUGCAAGGAUGUGCAAAGCAUUCUUCGGUCGUUUUAGGGAGACGGGUGGCCCUGGCUGCACCGAGCGCUUUAUCCACACAAUGGACUUGUGGUUCAUCUCUGCGGCUGAGGAGGUGGACAACCGUGCCAAGGGACAUGUCAACGAUGUCGAAUCUUACAUUGAAUUGAGGCGCGACUUGAGCGGCUGCAUGGCCUACUUUGCCCUCGUUGAAUUCGUAAGUGGGAUUGAUCUCCCUGACGAAGUAGUCUCGGAUCCGGUUAUCAUGGCACUGGAAGAGGCUACCAAUGAUUUUGUUUCUUGGUCCAAUGACAUUUUCUCCUAUACCAUGGAGCAAUCUCAUCGUAGCACGCAUAAUUUGGUUGCUGUGCUCGUGGCUGACCAAGGUUUAGACCUGCAAGGUGCUGUGCACUACUGCGGCCAGCUUUGUAACAUUUCCUCUAGCGCUUUGCAGAAAACCUCGCUAUGCUCCCCUCAUGGGGAGAAGAGGUUGACAAGCAGGUGGCUAUCACAUUCCAGGGCUGCGGAGCUGGAUUACCGGUUCACUGUACUGGGCCUUUGAGUCUGCCCGCUAUUGCGGGAAGGAUGCGUAUAUUGUCACACGGGAGAGAAUUGUGAAGCUACGGACUUUGUAAAGCCUCUGUUCUAAGGCUACCAUUGUUAUCUAUGUCUUACCAUGAAGCUAAAUAUUGAUUUCCUCUCCGUUUGCCAUCUUCUUGCGACUGUGUACCAUUUUGUACAAGUUGAAAACAAUUUAUCGUGUUCAUUUGGUUCCCUUUGGGCGAAACAAGAUGUCAGUGGGCGUGCAGGUGCCAACUGUCAAAAGCAGAAAUUC